AUGGCAACCGAAGAAGAGAUACAAAUCGCUGCUGAGAGAGCUCAACAGUUUCAAUUAUCUCUUGGAGGUGCAGUUCCUAGUUUUGUCAAAUGCAUGCUCCCAAGCCAUGUUAGCGGUGGUUUUUGGUUGGGUCUUCCUCGAAAUAGUUGCGAGGAUCACCUACCGAAUCAUGAUGUGAUUAUUACCUUGGUAGAUUUACAAGGGGUACGGUUCGAAACUCGUUAUAUGUCCCGAAAGCGUGGACUGUGUGGAGGGUGGAGAAGCUUUGCUUUGCAGCACAACCUCAUUCAUGGAGACGCCCUAGUGUUUGAACUCACUGAACCAACCGUAUUUAGGGUUCACAUAUUCAGAGCUGGGGAUGUUUAA